AUGUCCUCUCUGGGCUCCAAGGCCGGAACCCCCGCCAAAACCCGCAAAGCCUCCGGCUCCAGCGCAGCAAGCAAGCCCAGCACCUCCUCCGGAACCCCCAAGCCCUUGAAGAAGACAACCACACCCCGGAAGCUCUCCCAGAAAGCCCCCGAACCACUCGACGACGACAUCGAAGAGCAAUCUAUCCCCGAGACACCCUCGCCAAAGUCAAAGAAGCGCUCCGAACAGCGUCGCCCCAUCUCCCCACCCGACGACGCCUCCCAGGCGCCUUCCGCCUCCGGCUCCGCAGCCCCACUCGGCCGCACCGCCUCCGGUCUAAGCGGCAAGGCUAAGAGCGUCGCCAGCAAGACAAAGGAGACAGCCCAGCAAAGUACCGAGACCGUCGAAAAUGCCGCGGAAAAUGCCACCGAUAACCUGCCCGUGCCAUUUGACCUUUCCGCAUUGAAGGGUCUUCAGGUCGCCGAGGGUGGAGAUAUCCUUGGAAAACAUGGAAACCCCAUUGGCAAGGUUGUCGAGGGCGAUGCGGAGGAUCUUGUCGGACAGACUGUUGGAGAUGACGGCGAGAUUGUCGAUGAGGAUGGCGAUCUGAUUGGUCGCGUUGAUAUCCUCCACGAGGUCGCCGAUCAGGCUAAACAUGCCGCUGAAGACGCACAGGAGGAGGCUGGAGAGGUUGAUCUGGGCAAUGUUGUUACGGAUCUUGCUCAGCUUGAAGGUCUUCCUGUUUCUGAUGGUGGUGUUAUCAAGAACGCUGCUGGUCAGAUCGUCGGCCGUAUUGUUGAGGGUGACCCAGAAGAUCUUAUUGGAUAUACCCUCAAUGAUGACGGCGAGAUCGUCGAUGAAGAAGGCGACGCCAUUGGUCGUGUCGAUCUGGUUCCUGUUGAGGAGCAGAAGAAGGCCAUUGAAGGUGUUGCUGAUGAUGCCGCUUCGAAGGCUGGUGGCGCCAAGGACGAUGUUGAGGAUCAAUACGAAGAUGCUCAGGAUGGUCUCUCCGCAACUCAGGCCAAGAGCACUGUUGACGGCGCGGCUGAUGAGGUCGACGACGAUGUUUCCGAUGUCGAAGGAACUGCCGACAAGGCUAAGUCCACUGCCGAAGAUGGCAAGAGCAAGAUUGACCUCGAAGACAAUGUCGAAGGCGCCAAGUCUACUGCUGAUGAUGCCGCCUCCGACGCUGCUUCCGACGCCGAAGAUGCUACUGAUGCCGUCGAGGGCACUGUCGACGAUGCUAAGUCCACUGCCGAAGAUGGCAAGAGCAAGAUUGACCUCGAAGACAAUGUCGAAGGCGCCAAGUCUACUGCUGAUGAUGCCGCCUCCGACGCUGCCUCCGAUGCUGAGGACGCCACUGAUGGUGUGGAAGGUGCUGUUGACGACGCCACAGCCACUGCCGGAGACACCGCCGAAGAUGCGACUGAAGACGUCGAUGAGACUGCCGAGGAUGCUGCCGAUAUCGAGGCACGUACCCCCGACAUCAAGACCCUCGAAGGCAUGGUCUGCAACAAGCGCGGCUACAUCAUCGACCAAGAGACCGGCAAGCCCGUCGGCGAACUCACCGAAGGCGACCCAAAGAAACUGGCCAAGCUCGGCGUCACCCUUGACGACAAGGGCCAGUUCUGGGACAACCGCGGCAACGUCAUCGGCCAAGCCAAGGCACUCCCAGUCGAGAAGGACGAGGACGCAGAAGGCCCCUUCUCCGGACUUGAGGGCCUAGUCGUCAACGAAGACGGCUUUGUCGAAGACGAGAACUCCACCCGCGUCGGCCGUCUGAUCGAGGGCGACGCGAAGAAACUGAGCGGCCGUGGCGUCGACGAGGAUGGCGAUAUCCUCGAUCGCAAUGGUAACGUCAUUGGACGCGCUGAGCGUCUCGAGCCCGAGGAGGAAGAGCCCGAGGCGGAGGAAGAGGCUGCUCCUGAUUUCUCUGCUGUCAAUGGCCUCACCUGCAACAAGGCUGGCUAUGUUAUCGGACCCGAAGGAUACCCUAUCGCUCGUGUUGUGGAGGGUAACCCUAAGGAGCUUGCUGGCAAGAAGAUCGAGGACGGCGAGAUCUACGACGGAAAGAAGGUCGUUGGUCGCGUCGAACUCAUUCCUGAGGAUGAACUCGAGAGCAAGCCCGAGGGUGCCUUCGCUGGCAUGGAGGGCCUGUUCGUGAACAAGGAUGGAUUCGUCGAGGACGAUGAAGGAUCCGUUGUUGGUCAGCUUGUUGAAGGUGACGCCAAGAAGCUUCGUGGUCGUGCUGUCGACGAGGAUGGCGACAUCACCGAUAAGCACGGAAAUGUCAUUGGACGGGCCGAGCGCCUCGAACAAGAGGAAGAGGCUGGUCCAGAUCUAUCCGUUCUCAAUGGCCUCACCUGCAACAAGGCCGGCUAUGUCAUCGGGCCCGAUGCAUACCCCAUUGCCCGUGUUGUGGAGGGUAAUCCUAAGGAGCUUGCCGGCAAGAAGAUCGAAGACGGCGAGAUCUACGACGGAAAGAAGGUCGUCGGCCGUGUUGAGCUUAUCCCUGAAGAUGAACUCGAGAGCAAGCCCGAGGGUCCCUUCGCCGGUAUGGAGAGCCUGUUUGUGAACAAGGAUGGAUUCGUCGAAGAUGAUGAAGGGUCCAUCGUUGGUAAGCUUGUUGAAGGCGACGCGAAGAAGCUUCGUGGUCGCGCUGUCGACGAGGACGGCGAAAUCACCGACAAGUACGGCAAUGUCAAGGGUCGUGCUGAGCCUUACGAGCCUCCUCAGGAGGAGGAGCCCGUCGAGGAGGACCUCUCUAUCCUCGAGGGCAAGGUUGUCAACAAGGCCGGCAAUGUCGUUGACCCCGCCACUGGAGCUGUCGUCGGACGCAUCGUCGAAGGCGACAAGCGCCUCGCUGGAUGCAAGGUCGACGGCAAGGGCCAGAUCUGGGGUGACAACGGCAAGGUCGUUGGACGCGCCGAGCUCAUUCCCGGCGCCGAGCAACACAAGGCCGAAGGACCAUUCUUCGGUUUCGACAACGCUGUCGUCGGCAAGGACGGAGUCGUUCUUGACGGCGAGAAGAUCAUCGGACGUCUGAUCGAAGGUGACGCCAAGCGCCUUCUCGGCCGCAAGGUCGACGAAGACGGUGAUGUCUCCGACAAGAACGGAAACACCAUCGGCAAGGCCGAGCGCUGGGAGCCCGAGGAGAAGAAGCGCGAUGUCAACCCCAUGUCUGGUCGCAAGGUCAACAAGGAGGGCGAAGUUCGCGAUGCGGACGGCGAACUCAUUGGCAAGCUUACUUCGGGUAAUCUCGCCACUCUGGUCGGCAAGGUCAUCGACGACAACGGCUAUGUUGUUGACAACGAGGGCAACAAGAUCGGCGAAUGCACCUUGCUCGAACACAUUCCCGAGCCCGAGCCUGAGCCUGAAGUCGAAGAGCCCGAAGAGGAGCCCGAGGAGGGUCCCACCCCCGAAGAGCAGGAGGCUGCGGCUAAGGCCGAGUCUGACCGCCAGCUCGCGCAGAAGAUGAUCUCCAUCCUCAGCCAGACUCUUGAUAAGGUCAAGCCUAUUUGCAAGCAGAUCACUGAUGCCUGCGACAAGGCCGACCGCACGCCCAAGGAAGAGCUUGACGAGGAGAAACUUGUUCAAACCGUCAAGCCGCUUCUCGAAGAGGGUGGCCGCAUUCUCCAAGAGUGCAAUGGUGCCAUCCGUGGACUUGAUCCCGAUGGACGCAUUGCUGCCACAGCCAAGGCCCGCGCUGCUGCUCGCGAUGCUACUCCCGAGGAGUACCAGCUUGCCGACAUGAUCAAGGAACUCACUGAGACAGUCAUCAAGUGUAUUGACAACGGCAAGAGACGCAUCGCUGACAUGCCUCAUGCCAAGAAGAAGCUGAACCCCCUCUGGGGAUUGCUCUCUGAGCCCCUGUUCCAGAUCAUUGCUGCCGUUGGCUUGUUGCUUACCGGUGUCCUUGGACUGGUUGGUCGUCUCCUCGAUGGUCUUGGUCUUGGUGGAUUGUUGAGUGGUCUGCUUGGCAGUCUUGGUUUGGACAAGUUGAUUAACGGACUUGGUCUGGGCGGUUUGACUGAUGCUCUUGGCCUUGGUGGAAAGAAGUGA